CAUAAAAUUAGGCAAAUUUUGAAAAAAUUAAAAUGGCAGAUAUCGAUAUAGACGAAAUCCAAGAAAUUAUCAGAAAAGAAGAGGAAGCCAAGAAUCCAAAUCUUAAAAGCAAAAGAAAACAUAGUGGCUCUAGGAGCCAUGAUCGGAGCAGCUCUGAGAGGAAUAAGCACAAAAAGUAUAAAGUGCAUAAAAUGAGAGGAGACUCUUUUGAAGAAGAUGAUUUUAAAAAUAAAAUCAAAAGGCAAGAAGAAGCCCUCCAGAGACAAAUCGAAGAGGCUAAGAAGCAAGCUGAAGAAGCUCAGAGAGAAGAUUGUACAGUUCAAUGAAUCAGGGUUCACUUGAAUGCUACUGAAAGAGAUAUCUAUAGUUUCUUUGUAAAAGCGAAUGUGGGAAAGGUUAGAGAUGUAAGAGUGAUUAAGGAUACUAAAACAGGCAAAUCCAAAGGAGUCGCUUACGUUGAAUUUUAUACUCCAGAAUCUGUAUUGCUUGCUAUGGCUCUCACCAAUCAGCCAUUAUUAGGCCUUCCAAUGAUAAUCCAAGCAUCACAAGCUGAAAUAAAUAGACAAGCUCAAGCUACAAAAUAUAGGCAAGAACAGCAGAAAAAGACAACUAAAAGACACGAAAAUAUGAAGAUAUACAUUUAUGGGCUGACCUCUGAAAAUGAUGUAAGACAAGUCUUUAGUCCAUUCGGAGAGAUCGAAUUGAUCGAGCUCCCAAGAGACCCAUAUUCUGGAAAAAGUAAGAAAGUUGCCUUUGUUACCUUCUGCAGAAGAAGAGACGCCAAAGCUGCCAUCAAAGAAAUGGACGGUUAUAAAGUAAAAAGCACUAGACUCGAAGUCAGAGAAGCAAAAGAAAAUGAGAGUGAGUAUUACAGAGAUAUGGGCCCAGAUCUUGAUUUGGAAGAAAAAGGAUUCACUAUUGGCUCUGGUAGAAGUAGAGCAGCUCUUAUUAGAGAGUUGAACAGAGGAAAAGAGGAAACUAAUGAUCUUCUUGUCAAACAAUCUGACUUGAAUGCUGCUAGCAAUUGUAUCUUGCUCAAUAACUUAUUUGACCCAACAUCUGUAGAUCUAGAGAAAGAACCCCAUUUCUAUAGAGAAAUUGAAGACCAAGUCCUUGACAUAUGCGAAGAAGUUGGAAAAGUUGAUAAAGUAUGGGUUGACACUAAAUCCCAAGGAAAUGUAUGGGUUAAGUUCUCUAAAGACUCAAUUAAAGGAGCACAAAAAGCUCAAGAAAUGAUGAACAAUAGAUUCUUUGAUGAAAGAGAGAUUAGAGCAUCAUUUAUUCCUGAGAAAAUAUAUAAUGCUAAAGUUCCUGAGUAAUUUCAAUCUUCUAAAAA